AUGUUCUACAGUGCAAAGAUCGAGGACAAAAUUAAAAUUUCCCUAAACAGCAAUGUGGAGAAAAAAAGAGAAGUCUUUGAGGAGCUUAAGAAAAAGUAUGUUGGAAGAACACUAGAAAACACUAGCAUGUGUGUUCUUAUAGAAAGGGUUAUAGAUGUCUAUGAAUAUAAAGUAUAUGACGAAUUCCUAGUUGCCGAGGUUGAGUUUGAGGCACUUUUCUUUAGAUUUUUCAAGGAUGAAGUGGGAUGUGGAACAAUACUGGAACAGAAUGAGAAGGGCAUAAGGAUCGGAGUAUCCUUUUUCCACAAUCUCUGGGCUAAGAAGGACUUCCUGCCGUCUGUGAGCGAAAAGGCAUAUGUGAGCGAUUGUGGAGAAAAGCAAUUGGCCUGGGUGUGGAUUUACCGAGAGAACAAAUUGUAUUUUAGAAGGAAGUCCUGUAUAAGAUUCCGAGUUUUGCAUCCCGAGGAGAAGUCUUCCCUUGUUCUCUGUGGUCUCAACGAGGCGGGAUUGGGGCCAUUAGAAUGGUGGGUGUAG